CCCCCACUACCCCGCGCUGGAGGGGCAGAGCCGAGCUGGGACCCCAGGGCAGGAAGGACCUGUGAGCCGCGCUGGGGCAGGAGCCACUCGGUCUGGGCAGCAGAAAUCCCUCCCCAUCUUCCGGGUGGGGGUGGGGCGGCCUUGGCCUCUCUCUGCAGGGACAGGUGUCGGCCACCUCUCCACUCCCAAAGUCUAGGGGCUGGAAGGCCAGGCAGGGACUUGGCUGCCCUGACUCCUUCGUCUCUCUGUCCCUCUGUCUCUGCCAUCAGUCUCUCAGCCACUCCACCCACGAGAUGGUGAGUCUCCUGUGGUCCCUCCCCAACAAGGCCCAAGUCCCUGGGCAGAGAGUGGGCCCAGAGGACAGCAGACAGCACCCAGGACCUAAGCCUGGGAGUUGCCCCUGCAGACAGCUCAGACCCACAACCAGCUCCCCCACCCCCACCCUGCGGCUGCGUCCUGGGAGCAGGGCACUCUUAGUGCCCUAUGACAUUCAUUCAUUCCAUGGCCCCUCAGGGAGCUCACCUUCUAGGAGACGGCACAGAGGCUCUGGCCCUGGCAAACUGGGAUUCGAGCCCAGGAGUGAGGCCCAGUCCUCUGCCGUCUGGGCCACAGCACACCAUCUCCCAACAACCAAGAGAUUCUCUUCGUCCCAGCCUCAUCAGCCCCCAGGGGAUGGGAGAGGGCAGACACCAGGCAACAAGGCCCAAAGAGCCCUCACGACUUGCUCAAGGUGGCUGAGCCUGUCCCCUGGAGGACAGACCCAGCUGCCAGGCCUGUCCAGGCCUGGGGACUGCAACGAACAAGAAUUCCAUUCACACGAAGCCUCCCAGCAGCCCCAUAUGGGGGGGUGCCAGCCUCAGAGAGGGGAGGGACGUUAGGUUUCAUCCAAAGAAAGCAUUUCCAUGACUCAAAAUAUCUGCAGAGGGGAUACUGUCUAGUCUCCUCAUGUCUAGCCCAGGGCUGGGCACACAGUAGGGCUUCAAGACCUAUGCGGGGAUGACAGUGGAAUCACAUUUAGGUGUCAGCACACUCCAUGCCAGGUCAUAAGAGAGAAAUAAGCCACCCCAGAGUGAUGGCUGGGUUCGUUCAUUCAUCUACUCUUCAGUCAACAAACACUUACUGAAAAGUGGCUGUGUGCCAGGCACGCUUUAGGUGCUGGGGUUGCCUCCAUGAAUAAAACAAGCAGAAAACUCUGCUGCUGUGAAGCAAGCUAAGGCGGAGCCCAGCAUGGUGGGAGCGGGAGGGGCGGGCCAGCAGGACACUGCUUCCUGCCAUCCCCCCAGGGGCACCACACAGAACAGUUUACAAAGCACUCCCACGGUUGCGUUCCCAUUAACAAGCCUUCACCCCCAACACAAGCCUUUCCUCUCCUAGUCCCCGGGAUGGUGUCAGCCCUGAAUAUAGCCCAGGCUGGGAGAGUGGGGGGCUUACACCCUUGGGUGACUUAAUGUGCCCACUGGCCCACCCUGCCCAAGACCCACCACUUCUGCCCUCUCAGCUCUCCCUGGAUCCAUCGGGUCCCGAGUGGGAUUGCCCACUGGGCUCCAAGGACCUGGAGGAAGAGGGCCCCUGGGGAGGGGGCUCUGGCCUGCCGCCCACAGGCUGCUUCCCUGGCUCCUGGCGCCAGGACGUGGGCCUGGACUGCAAGGGAUCCCCCGAGGGGGCCGAGGCCCGGGCUUGGAGUGUCUACUACUACAGCCUCCUGCAGAGCUGUCUGCAGCAAGCUGGCCUUCCGGAGACCCAGGACCGCAGCCAGGUGCCCCGCACAGGCUGUCCUGGGGCGGAGGUGACCUUGUGCGUUCUGGGCUCCCCCAGCACCUUUCUGCCUGUGCUGCUGGAGGGUGGGGUCCAGAGCCCGGGAAACAUGCUCCUUUGCCUGUCCCCUGCUUGGCUGAUGAAGGUGCCAGCACCCGGGCAGCCGGGUGAGGCAGCCCUGCUAGUCUCCAAGGCUGUGAGCUUCCACCCUGGGGGCCUGACAUUCCUGGAUGACUUUGUCCCCCCACGUCGUGCCACCUACUUUCUGGCAGGCCUGGGCCUGGGGCCCGGCCGGGGCCGAGAGGCAGCAGAACUCGCCCGUGACCUGACCUGCCCCACGGGAGCUUCGGCUGAGCUGGCCCGGCUGCUGGAGGACCGGCUGCUGACAAGGCAGUUGCUGGCCCAGCAGGGUGGUGUGGCUGUGCCAGAGACCCUGGCUUUCACCUACAAGCCGCCAGGGCUGCUGCGGGGAGGGGAUGCCAGCCCAGGGCUACGGCUGAUGGAGCUGAGUGGCAAAGAGGGCCAGGAGACGCUGGUGAAAGAGGAAGUGGAAGCUUUUCUGCGCUCCGAGGCCCUGGGCGAUAUCCUGCAGGUGGCCGUGAAGCUCAGUGGCUGGCGCUGGCGGGGGCGGCAGGCAUUGCGUCUGCACCCGCGGGUAGAGCUGGGUGCAGUGGUGGACACAGUGCUGGCGCUGCUGGAGAAGCUGGAGGAGGAGGAGAGUGUCCUGGUGGAGGCUGUGUACCCACCUGUCCAGCUGCCCUGCUCAGAUGGUCCUUCACCCGGCCCUGGCCUGGCCGUGCGAAUCUGUGCUGUGGUGUGUCGGACACAGGGCGACAGGCCACUGCUGAGCAAGGUGGUGUGCGGCGUGGGCCGCGGGGACCGCCCUCUACGGCACCACAACUCCCUGCCGAGGACGCUGGAGGUGGCGCUGGCCCAGUGCGGCCUGGGCGAGGAGGCGCAGGUGGCGGCCGUGCGGCAGCGCGUCAAGGCAGCGGCCGAGGCCGCGCUGGCCGCCGUGCUGGCUCUGGAGGCCGGCCUGAGUGCCGAGCAGCGCGGCGGGCGCCGGGCGCACACGGACUUCCUGGGCGUGGAUUUCGCGCUGACGGCGGCCGGCGGCGUGCUGACCCCAGUGGCCCUGGAGCUGAACGGCGGCCUGUGCCUGGAGGCGUGCGGCGCGCUCGAGGGGCUGUGGGCCGCGCCGCGGCUGGGGCCGGCGGCCGACGACGCGGCGGCCGCGCCGCUGGUGGAGACCAUGCUUCGGCGGUCGGCGCGCUGCCUCAUGGAGGGAAAGCAGCUGCUGGUGGUCGGUGCUGGCGGCGUCAGCAAGAAGUUCGUGUGGGAGGCGGCGCGCGACUACGGGCUCCAGCUGCACCUCGUGGAGUCAGACCCCAACCACUUUGCAUCACAGUUGGUACAGACCUUCAUCCACUUUGACAUGACCGAGCACCGGAGGGAUGAGGAGAACGCACGGCUGCUGGCAGAGUUGGUACGGGCGCGCGGCCUCAAGCUAGAUGGCUGCUUCUCCUACUGGGACGACUGCCUGGUGCUCACAGCCCUGCUCUGCCAGGAGCUAGGUCUGCCCUGCAGCUCCCCAGCUGCCAUGCGCCUGGCUAAGCAGAAGAGCCUCACCCAGCUGCACCUGUUGCGCCACCAUGGCCCACCCUGGCCUGCGCCCUCCCUCCAUGCUGUGCCCUGCUGCCCACUGGAGAGCGAGGCUGAUGUAGAGAGGGCCGUGCACCAGGUACCCCUUCCAGGUGUCAUGAAGCUGGAGUUCGGGGCAGGUGCGGUGGGCGUGCGGCUGGUAGAGGAUGUGCCACAGUGCCAUGAGCACUUUUCCCGGAUUACCCGAGACUUGCAGGGCGAGGCUGACCACCCAGGCAUUGGGCUGGGCUGGGGCAAUGCCAUGCUGCUGAUGGAGUUUGUGGAGGGCACCGAGCACGAUGUGGACCUGGUGUUGUUUGGUGGGCGGCUGCUGGCUGCCUUUGUCUCCGACAAUGGCCCUACGAGGCUGCCUGGCUUCACUGAGACGGCAGCCUGCAUGCCUACCGGGCUGGCACCAGAGCAGGAGGCACAGAUGGUUCAGGCAGCCUUUCGCUGUUGCCUGGGCUGUGGGCUGCUCGAUGGAGUCUUCAACGUGGAGCUCAAGCUGACCGGGGCUGGGCCUCGGCUUAUCGAGAUCAACCCCCGCAUGGGUGGCUUCUACCUGCGUGAUUGGAUCCUGGAGCUCUAUGGCGUGGACCUGCUGCUGGCUGCUGUUAUGGUGGCCUGCGGCCUGCGGCCUGCCCUGCCCACCCACCCACGUGCUCGUGGCCAUCUGGUGGGCGUCAUGUGCCUUGUGUCCCAGCACCUACAGGCCCUGAGUUCCACCGCCAGCCGUGAGACCCUGCAGGCCCUGCACGACCGUGGCCUGCUACGCCUCAAUCUGCUGGAGGAGGCCCUGGUGCCUGGCGAGUACGAGGAGCCCUACUGCAGUGUGGCCUGUGCCGGGCCCAGCCCCACCGAGGCCCGCCUCCGCCUGCUGGGCCUCUGCCAGGGCCUGGGCAUCGAUGGGCCCAGCUACCCUGUUGCUCACUUCCUGUCUCACUUCAAAUAGCACUGGGGCCAGGGGGCAGGGAAGCAGUGCUGGGAGGAGGCACUGUGGUGCCCUCUGCUCCCUGGAGCUCUUCUUGCUUCUCUCCCCGUCGCCAUGCCCCAGCCCCAGCCUGCCCGCUGCAAUGCCUAGGUCUGUUCCAGAGCAGCAGGGCAAUUUAGACACCAAGGCAUCCUGGACUCAAGGGCCUCUUGCCCUCCCGAAGGCCCCAGUCCAGCCCACAGCUUCCCCAGCAUUCUAGCCUUGGAGAAGUGACAAUGGCCACACACACACACACACACACACACACACACACACACCCCUCUGUCGCCAGCUCCCCAGGUGGGAGUGGGCCCAAACCCAGCCCCUCCUGUCCACCUCUCCAGGUCUCACUCUCUUCCUGCCACCUACAAGAGGAGAGGACCUGGCUGGGCCCCAAGUCUUGGACAAAUCCUGGGAAAACCUGAGACUAGAACCCUUGUCUUCCUCUUACCCAAAUUCUAGGAUAGCUCUAGAGCCUGCUGGAAACUUGGCGGCAUCCAACCUGCCUCAUUUGGCCUGAGCGGUAGAGGCAGGUGGCCCGUGGACAGAAGUAAUCCUCUUUCCGCUCACCCCAGGCAGACACAACUGCCUAUAUUCCCCCGAUGAGAGGAAACAGGCUGAGAGAGGAAAAAUGACUGUUCCAGGGUUACACCACAGUGGAGGGUGGGUCACAGGACAUGAUGCAGGGUCCAGGUUUCUGUUUUGAUCAAGUCUUACAUGCCCAUUCAGCCUCUAGGCCCCCCUCGCCUCCCUGCCCUCAUUCACAAGUGGCCCUGAGACAUGUGAACGCCUCCCUCCUAUGCAUCAGAAACCUUCUCCGCCGAGCUUUGGCGCUUUGUCCUCUGGCACACCUAACUAGCAUUGGCAGAGGAGAGUCUACACUCUUCCUCAUUCAGGGAAAAUGCUUUAAGAAAUCCUGCCUCUGUGCAGCACAGGAGCUGGAGGCAGCUCCCCAAGCAUCCCUCCCCAAAUAAAGGCUUAUGUACUAGUGAA